AUGGACAAGAAAAACAAAAAGAAAACUGUGAUUAAGAGGAAAAGUGAUGAGAGUGGCGAGGGUGAGAAGAAACAAAAAAUAAUGGUGAACCGUAAAAAUGUGCAAGAGGAGAAAGAAAAGGUUGAGGUCGUGAAUCAGGUGGUGGAGGUUCCUGUGGAGCAGGGCCAGCAGAUCGUGCACACGGGGCAGCUGGUUGAGGGUAACUUCGAGCAACCAGUCUUCGUAAAUAUGAAGGGGGAACCCGUUCAAUUGGGUCCUAAUACCGUCAUACUUUACGAACAAAGUGGCAACCCUUCGAACUUCGCUUUUGGUGGUAUGUGGACCAUGGAUUCUUCUGGAAGGAUCGUGAUGGCAGAGACAAUAUAUGACGUGAAAGGAGAGCCGGACGAAGAAGGUGCUAACUUUGUCCAGAGCAACACUGAAGUGACUACUCAACCAGUGGAAGAUCAACCGAACACAUAUCAACAGUUUGAGCUUAGCAGUGGCGCGCAAGUAGAUGGACAACAGGAGUAUGAGGUGGCCAUCAUUGAGAACCCACCUACAGAGACCAAUGAGAACCCUGAACCCCAAGUGGUGACCAACGAAGACCAGCUAGUGGCGACAGGUACCGGCGCAGUGCGCUGGCUCAAUCAGAAAUAUGACUUUGUAGUGAGGAAACUGCAAUUGAAUUAUGACGCCGGCGUAAAACUCCUGCACUCUCCAACUGGUUGCAUACAAUGCGUCUACCUAACGACACCGAGCAUGCAGCUAGCCUUCAACGCAGUGCCACAGUUUUUGUGUAUUGAGACCGGCAUAGAGUUUAACAGCACUAUACCGACAGUAGGAGGAACGGGCACUCCGUCCCUCAAGCAUAAUGUCACUCUGUUCCUCGCUGAAGAUGGCAACGGGAAAUCAGUCAUUGUUAGUGCUGGUAUUUCAACACUAAUCGGCGAAGAUCUGACCUGGUUACUGGACACGUUCAAGUCGUGCAACCCGGCGUGGCGACAGGUCCGAUGUGUAGUUUGCGACCCCACCAAGUGUCAACAGUCAGUCCGCGCGGCGUUCCCGUCGGCGCACGUGACGUGCUCCGUGUGGCAGGCCGCGCGCGCCGCCGCCCGCCUGUGCUCGCUGGCCGCACCGCCCGCACCGCCCGCGCCGCCCGCACCGCCCGCACCGCCCGCGCUGUGCCCGCACGGGGAGCUGGCCGCGCGGUGCAAGACCUACGCGUUAGCUCUGCUCAGGGGAGAUCACACGUUAACGCAGUUACAGGUUCUAAAGCGCAGUAUAAUAGGCACUGGAGCGGGCACACUGCGUCUAUGGGAGGUUUUAUCUCGGCCCAACGGGGCCAUUGCCAAGCUGGACUCUUGGCUAGAAGCUGAUAAUUAUACUAAUAUAUUGCAUAAGGGUCUAGAACGGCUAGUAACAAAAUUCCAGAAUUUGGUCCGGAACCCACUACAGCUGGACGAGUUUGUCUCCAUAUUCUUCAACGUAGCCAACCAGCUGGAGAACGACAGGCGGACCUUCGCACUUAGUAGGUUACGGGACACUGAGACUCUGAAACAGUCCCCGACGGAUACCAUCACACAGUACGCUUACAAUUUGAUGUCUCAUCAGACCAAGUUAGCACAGAAAUGUCUAGACGAUAGAGCUGGCAGGAAGCACAGCAGUGCUGCCAUCUGUAAGUACGGCACGUCGACGCAGGAGUGCUCGUGCCUCUUCAGCAAAGUCUUCAGGCUGCCCUGCAGGCAUAUACUUAUGUUGACCACUGAGCUCAAGGUUAAGACUCACAUCCCGUUCGAGCCGCGGUGGACGGUACAACAUUGUCUGUUCGGCUGUGAGAAUCUAAACUCUACCACUAACAAUACUGGUGCGGGGUCAUUCCUGGAGCAGGUGGUGGUGGAGGCGGAGGACGCGCCGCGACAGGGGAUGCAACAGUCCGCCGUGCAUCAGGUAGGCGGCGUCAGACAACAGCAGUACGUACUAGCCACGGCCGGCCAGCCCGCCACACCCGUCUCGCAGGUGAUAUUCUGCGGCGGCGGCGUAGGCGGAGUGUCAGGCGUGACCAACGUCGGGGGCGGAGCGCCCGUCAUCACGUCGGUCCUGUCCGCGGGGGGCGCAGUCCUCACUCCGCACCACUCGCUGCAUCACUGA